AUGUACAAGGUUUUGGAGCGGAUUAUACUGGACCGACAUAUUAAGCAUCGCGACAAGCAAGCUGGCUUUCGUUCUGGCCGAUCUACGAAUAACCAGGUGUUCAUCAUUACGAUAGUGAUCGAGAUCUGGCCGCGGUAUUCGAAGCUAAUGCAAUUAGCCUUUCUGGACUUUGAAGCCGCUUUCGACUCUCCUCAUAGAGGACGUCCUCUAGACGCGCUCUGCACCGAUGUAACUCGAGGAAAGCUCGUUCGCUUGCUUGGAGACUGGAGUAAGACAGUGGAAGGACCUUUCCUCUUCAACUUCGCCAUCGACGACAUCAUGCGAAGCGAGGAUCAGUGUCGUGCCGACAUCGUUUUAGCACCAUCAUGGUGCCCCUUGACUGAUCUGGAGUACAGCGACGAUGUUGUUAUAUUCGCAGGAAGCACUACGAAACUUCAACAAUGA